CUGCCUUUUUGACAGGUUUUUAUACUAGUGAAAGUUAUUUUUCGAAAUUGAAAAUGUGGUGAACUCAAUGGGACACUGCUUAUCAAGGUUCAGACUGCUCAUUUCGUAUUUCAAAUUUCCAAAUUUUGGUUGCUUCAGUGAAACAGAUAUCAUAUCAGAUGAUAGUUUGGAAGCUGUAAGAGAAGUUGUCACUGCUUUAAGGUCAAAUGUCCAGAUCAUAGGCCAAGGAUGGAUAUUCAGAGGCGAAACAGCCCUUCAGAGGGGCAUAGUUCUCGAAAUUGUAUUGGCCAUAGAGAAAGGCAAUUUGAGACAUCUCAGAAAUUUGUUGGAUUCUGGGUGGAGAUUAGAAGCCUCUCAAGCUCUGUACACUUUUUUGACCAGACUGUCACAACCUUUGAUACCACAUUCCAUACAAUCAUUGGUUUUAGAUGAUAACGGACACGUGCCUGUCGAAAUAGUAGCCACAGAUGUUCUAGGCCUGAUGAAACAGGAAUUAUCUGACAGACAUUUCCAGCUAGUUUCAAUCCUCUUAAAUCUUCUGGAUACUGUGAUAAAAGUUUCACCUGCCGAUGAAUUACGAGGGAAUACCUUGCCCAUUUCCAUGUUACCAUUCUUCUUCAACAUACAGAGUCAGCAUAUAAAUGAAUGGAGAAGAAUAGCAACAAUUUUUGUUGAACUUAUAAGACUAGCCAGCCAACGUAUAGAAGCAGGGCAUGCAAGCAAUGUUCGUUUUAGAGGCGACUGCAAUAAUCUAGAGGUAUAUGAAAGAUCUAAUACAAACAGAAUUUUAGAAUAG